AUGAUCUUCAUUCCCUGUUUAGCAAACGCAGGUGGUUUCUUGGACUUUCUGUUGGUUCCCUUUUGCAGAUGGUGGAGCAGUUGCAAGAACGAGACUUCCUCGAUGGCCGUGUGGACGUGCAUCACACAGGAGAAUCCAGACGACAAGAUCGACUUGAGCUCGACAAUGGCGAUCUGGGCCUCGAACCGGGUCACCGUCUUGACCGGGUUAGCCACAGACGAAAGCACGUAUCCGACAGACACUUCCUCUUCCUCGAUACCCUUCAACUUGAGUCUAACUUGCUCUCCGCAAACGGCAGUGUCGACCUCGGCCUCAGUUUCGUUGUAG